UGUUAUUCGCAAAUGGAAGUGCUGUUGUGAUUGUUUCUAUUGUAUUUGUACUGUGUAUCCCGUGUUUUGAUUGUUCCAUGUCUCGGCUGGAAGCGGUUAGCGCACUAUCUGGUUGUCUGCUGGCGAGCACAUGCAACACCGUCGAAAGCCACACCGCCGUCUUUUAUCUUUUAUAUUGUCUCUCCCCGUUUCCCACUCACAAACUCAUAUCGCUGCCAGGGAGAAUGCUCUGCUCGUUCCGUCCGAGCUGCUGCAUGGCUUCGUAACAUCGUGUGCCACCGGGAACUCACUGGCCCAACUCCCCUUUCGCCGCAUCCAAAAUGUCAGAUGCUACACUGGACCAGGUCGUCAAAGGAGCACCACCACCAAGCAACAGUCCCGUACACCAUGCCAACCUCGCUGCCUCCCAGAAUGAGCGUCUCGCUGCCAUAAAGACUCCCAGAAAUCCCGUGUCUGAUCCCACAUCGUUACUACCCUCCGCGCCUUCGCAAAUCUACCUCAAUCUCCUCAUUCUUGAGGCGUCCUUACGCUCGCAAUAUCUCAGUCUUCGCGCACGGCGGAGGAUCAACACGUUCGUUCUCAUACUGUUGAUGCUAUGGAUCACUGGCUUCUCCUAUCUGCUCUUCCUCCGACCCCGCGAAGACGGCCAGGGCGUUGGAGGUUCGGUAUACUGGGUUGUAGACAUGGCUGAAAAAGUAGCGUGGAUAGGCGGAGUGGUCCUGGGCGUGCUGUUCUGGGGAGCCGGACAAUGGGAAAGAGGCGUGCGCUGGCCGCGACGCUGGGUGGGAGUCACAAAUCGGGGCCUCAGAGGCAUGAACUGCAAGAUCGUAGUCAUGAAAGGGCCUUGGUGGAGGGAAGCUUUAUCCUACAUAUCCUUCAUCGUUCCCGUUCAUCUAUUCUUCCCCUCGCCGGGCUCCUCCUACCAUCUCAUCGACCACGCCGAAAGCCAGAAACACGAAGGCAUCGCGCGACACACCUUUCGCGACCACGGACACCAAUACAUAGAGGAGGAUAUCGCUCCCGGCGGCGACCACAUCCGUCUGAUCCUCCUACCAAAACCAUUCUCGCCCGAAUUCCGAGAGAAUUGGGAGCUUUAUCGGCUCGAAUUCUGGGAACGAGAGAACGAACGACGCGCCGAGUUGCGCAAGGUGGUCAAGCAGCGCGACCGUGAACUCGCGAAACAAGAAGGCGGAUGGCUCUGGUGGACAGGGUGGAGAGGAUGGCACAGAGCCAAGAAGCCAAACUACGAAAAGUCCUUUGUCCCCACAAACAUCCACAGUCUGUCGCACCUCAAGGACAAGAAGCGAAGACCAAGCGUCAUACGAGAACGCGAACGGGAUGUCUCCCACUCGCGCUCCUCUUCACGCAGUUCGGUAGCCGCCUUUGACGACGACCGACCUGACCGACCCGGACGCCAGGAAGCACGAGAACGGAGAUGGAGCAACAGCACCGCCGGAAGCACAGAAGGCAGGCGGCGCAAACGCGCAGUCAGCGGCGCAUCAGGCCUAUCCAACAGCACGCGGCCAUCCAGACUGACGCCGACAAACUCACGGCCCACGACGCCGACAGACCAGCCACCACCACAAACCCUCAGCAAACGCGCGAGCACACUCAGCAACGCGAGCUCCAGCUCCGACGGCUCCAAAUACAACGAAAAGCUCCCUGGGCGAGCCCCCGCAGCUUAAAGUAAGGUAGAAUCUUAAUAUCAUAAACUAAUGAUACCAAAC